AUGCGCGUCGCCCUCAUUUCCCUCGUUACGGCGGUGGCAGCCAGCCCGAUGGGCAACAACCUUACUUCACCCGAAUCAAGAUCUGUUGAUAAUAACUUGAUGAACAACCUAAGAUUCUAUGCUCAACAUGGCGCUGCCGCUUACUGCAACGCCGAGGGUCCUUCGCCCGGUAGUUCUGUUGCCUGCAGUGGCGGCGAAUGUGACGAUGUGAUGCGCAAUGGUGCUACUAUCAUCAGCACUUUCCAGGGCAGUAGCACCGGCAUUGCUGGUUACGUCUCUGUUGAUAAGACCCGCCAGGAAAUCGUCUUUGCGGCACGCGGCAGCCAUAAUGUCCGUAACUUUAUUACUGAUCUCCUUUUUACGCAACGCGACUGCGAUUUUGCCCCUGGCUGUAAGGUGCACAAUGGCUUCGCUGAGUCGUGGAACGAGAUCUCAGCCGCCGCCACGUCGGCUAUCAAGGAGGGCCUAAAGGCAAAUCCGGGCUAUAGGCUUGUCAUCACCGGUCACUCCCUUGGCGGCGCGGUCGCCACGCUCGGCGGUGCCUACCUCCGCCGCUCCGGCUUCCAGAGCGUCAUUUACACGUUUGGCACGCCACGCGUGGGUAACGAGGUCUUUGCCUACUUUGCUAACAGCCAGAGGGGCGGGCUGUUCCGUGUAACGCAUAUCGACGACCCGGUGCCGCGCCUGCCACCUAUGAUCUUUGGCUACCGCCACAGUGGAACUGAGUACUGGCUGUCUAACGGCGAAGCCUUGCAGACAAAGUAUCAGCCUGCUGCCGUUGAGGUCUGCCGUGGUAUCGAGAAUGUCGCCUGCAACGCUGGCACUUUCGGCUUCGACAUCCUUGCCCACUUCCACUACCUUACUGAUAUUUCUGACUGCGCGCCCGUCGCAAACAAGUGGAAGCGCGACGCCAACCCCUCAGACGAGGAGCUCAAGCAGCGCCUCACCAAAUGGAGCCAGCAGGACCAGGCGCUGGGUUGGGCCUAA